GUUAGCAACAAGCGAGAGGUUAUUGGUAACCUCCCACGAUGAUACUUAAAGCGAUACUAUAUUUUAGAAUUAUCUACGAAGUUGUAAGUGAAAGUCCCGACACCGGCUUGGACAUUCACCUUGAUUUACUGAGUAAGCUCAACUCCUACUUACUGUUGACCAGGGAGGAACCAGUGGACGAGUUCCCAGCAAACACCACACACAACCGCAAGAUUUGGGAUAUCUAUUACCUCUGUCUCCAGAAGCAGUAUGAAGCCAUAGGAAGUAAAGAGCUGAUCUCACAAUCAAAUUGCGGACUCAAGGCCCCCUCCUUUGCCAGCUGCCCUUUCGUUUCCAUAGAUGCCACAGUGUCCAGGGGUCCAUUCCAGGACAACUUUCUUGUGGAGGGACAUCAAGUCUUCAAGAUCUUUGGCAUGUUUUAUCACGCUCUUGCUCCACUUCGACCUGAGGUUCUCGUUCCAGAAGCUAUAUCGAUCCUGGAAGGUGAGAACGUCCACAUGGAGUGCCGGGUAUGCCUCUUCCCCGGGGAUGACCUCGGGGCGGCCGAGUGGUACUGGUACUUCAUGCCGGUUCCAAUAGACGAAUGGACCGUCAAAGACCACAAGGGGAAGCUCUCGUUGUACGGAGUUCGAUUGGAAGAAGCCGGACUCUACGAGUGCCGGAUCGGCGCAACGAGGUCUAGGCCCUACUUCUUGCACGUGGCUCCAGACUCCGAGCCUGUGAGUGAAGUAAAGCCACGGUCGGCGAGAACUGGACCAUACCCAGCCCCACCCAAGAUUGGAACCCCUGGACUAAGUGCACCCGAUGCGACCAGGUGGGAAGGAAAUAUAGGUUCGGAGCCUGCACUGUCUCCUUCAGGGAGGUGGGGAAUGUAUCCAAGUCGAUCGUUGAAGACACCCCGGGUUUGGAUAUCCUCCAACUAUUUGCUGAGGGAUUACCUUGUUGGAGUCCUCUACUGCCUAGGUCUGUUCUCAACCCAACAGGGUCCACCCCCACUGCCACCACUACCAGGCCGAUUGACAGUCUACGCGCAGCUGGGUAGUCCGCUCUCUCUUUCAUGUCCUGGACACAACCUCUGCGACCUUCCCUACCGCUGGGGUAUCGGCAGGAAGGCAAAGUUAGCUCCCUGGAUUGCAAAGUCCAAGUCAUUGGGACGAGUGACAGUGAACGCUAAGCAGCAGCUGGUGUUUAAUUCGAUCCAGCCGGACGAUGAGAAGCUGUACAGUUGCUGGCAGGGCGACUCCCUGGCGGGGGUAGUUCGGCUGCUGGUCGUGGAUGAGAGGAAGGUACCCGUCAACCACCACCUCAUCAUCUUCGGCACCCUCCUCAUACUUAGCACGUUCUUCUACGUCUUCGUAAGGAUAUACAUGAAUAGACAACGGGCUGCGAGUGUCUACUACUGAACUCGAGGAGCUUUUUAAUAUCUAAUAAGUCGAUGAAAUGAUUUGUAUUCCAUCACACUCUCAGUCCUAAAGAUCUGUAAAUAAUUUUUGCCCUUGAUAAUGUAAUUAAAAUUCUUUAAUAUUUACA